AUGAGUAGCGUAUACACCAUCGAAAAAUUGAAUGAUAUAUUAAAAUAUAAUAUAAGAGGAAAUAAAAAAAAAGAAGCGAAAAUAAAAAGUAAUCAUGAUAUUAUAAAGGUAAAAGAAAAAGAGAAAGGAGAAAAUUACAAUGACAAAUAUUUAAAUAAAAGUAAACUUAUAGGGAAAAAAUAUAUUGAUAAAGUUAUAAAUGAAUGUAAUGAUAUAUAUAUAAAUGAUUAUUUAUAUAAUAAUAAAUUAUAUCAACAUAUAUAUAAUAUGCAUGAUAAUAAAAAAAUAAAUAACGACAUUAGAAUGAUGAAUCAAAAUAAUAAUGACAUUAGAAUGAUGAAUCAAAAUAAUAACGAUAUAGAAUAUAAACAAUAUACCAAUUUAAAUAUAGAUAAUAAAUUAUGUAAAGUUAAAGGACAACAUUUAUAUCAAGGAAAAGCUGGUAUUACAAAUGAAAUUAUUAUAGAAACAUUUAAUACAAAUGAAGAAUGUAUUUAUGUAGAAAAUUGUAUAUUAGAAGUAUAUAUAAAAAGAAAAGAUCAAAUCGAUAAACUAAAUUAUAAUAAAAAUGAAUACAUAAAUACUCCAUAUAAUGAUAAUAAUAUGUAUGGGAAAUUUAUAAAUAAUAAUCUUUUUAAUAAAUAUUUAUAUGAUAAACAUCAUUCUUUAAUCAAUUUAAAUUAUAAUAAAUAUAAUAUAAAUGCCAACUUUUCGAAUUAUAAAAAUGUAGGUGAGUAUUCCUCAAAACAACAUGAACAUCAAUAUGAUACACAUGAAGGAAAUGAUGAUGAUGUGUCAUAUGAUCCGCCACAUCUAAAAAAUAAUGAGCAUGAUACAAAUCAUAUACAAACAAACGUUAAUGUUAAUGAUGAUGAUGUUAAUGAUGAUGAUGUUAAUGAUGAUGAUGAUAAUAAUAAUAAGUUAUGCGUCCCGAACAAUAUAAAUGAAAAAAAAAACACAUACUGUAUUAUGACAAAGAAACAUAUUAAUAAUCAUCAUCCCUAUCAUGAUCAUUAUAAUAAUAAUAAUAAUAAUACAACAUACUAUGAUACCAUAAAAGAGGGAUACUUAAAUAAUAAUUUAGAAUACGAUGAAGAAUCUAAUAAAUUAAUCAAAGACAGCAUAAAAUGUAAUGUAAAAGAUUUAAAGAAUGGUACUUAUAUUAUUACUUAUAAUUUAAAAAAAUGUGGACAUUACUAUUUAUCUAUUUUUCAUAAUAAAAAACAUAUAGCUGAAUCUCCAUAUCUUCUUGAAAUAAAACCAUCAGAAGCUUAUGCUGCAAAUUGUGUAAUUUAUAAGAACGAUAUUACUAAUCAGUUUAUUAUUCCUUACGACAAAAAUGAAGAAAUGUUAUCAUGUGAUGAUAAUAAAAAAAUAUAUAAAAAUAAUAUAAUAUGCGAUUACAAUAAUAUUUGUGAUUAUAAUAACAUUUGUGAUUACAAUAAUAUUUGUGAUAAUAAUAACAUUUGUGAUUAUAAUAAUAAUGUACCGUGUGAAGGAACUCUUCAUCGUGCAUCUAAUAAGACAGACAAGAUACAUCACAACGAUCGUGAGAAUAAAAAAAAAAUGCAUCUUUUAAAAUUUACAAAAGAAGAAGAGGAAGAAGAACUAAACAAAACUUUUAAUAACUUCUUUAUACAAUGCUAUGAUGCUUACGAAAAUAAAAUAUGUAAAGGUGGAGACAUUUUAGAAGUAGAAGGUAUUGGUGAUAUAAAGAUAAUUAAUAUCCAAGAUUUAAAUAAUGGUACAUAUGAAGUGAUAUAUAAAUAUAUCAAAAGUAAUGUUGAAAAUAAUAAUAAUAAUAAUAAUUAUUAUUAUUAUUCGAAUAUAUAUAGAGAAAUCCAUGUUACUUUAAAUAAAGUACAUAUUAAAGGGUCUCCAUUUAGAAUUAUUUUUAAGAAUGAUAAUAAUAUGUAUUAUAUAAAUAAAUUAAAAAAUAUUUUACAAAUAGAAGAUUAUAAUAUUAAUUCAUUUGAAUUAAUAGAAAGAAUAUUAAAUAUAAUAAAAUCAUAUAAGAACCAUAUAAAAGAUAAUUUUAUAAUAGAUGAGAAAAUUAUAAAUUCUUUAUUAUACUCUGAUCCUUUUAUGAAUAUAAAUUCAUAUUAUUAUAAUAAAAAAGAAUUAUAUGAAAUAUUACAAAAAGUUGAUAUACAACUUAUAUCUUUAAUGUCUAUACCUAUGAAAGAACAAUUAUUUCAUUAUAUUAAAUAUAUAAAUAAUGAUCACAAAAUCGUACAAUUAAAAAAGUUAUUAUUUAAUGAUUUAAUAUAUGAAUUAGGAUAUAUAUUAAAAAAUAUUAAUCUUUAUUAUCAUUUUUUUCAAAAUGACAUGGAAGAUCUCAAAAGUAAAAGAAUUUUACAAAAUCAAAUAAUUAAAGAAGCUAAUAUUAUGUAUAAAUCAUUAAGAGAUAAAAAUAUACAUACAUUACCUUUUAACUUUUCUAUUAAUGAUAUGAACAUAUAUAAACAAAAUUUAACAAAUAAAAAAAAACAACUCUUACAAAAACAUAAUAUGUUAGUACAAAAAUAUAAAGAUAUAAAAAUGAAAGAAAAACAAUUUAUACAAGAUAGAAAACAAUUAACAAACCAAUUAACCAAGAAAUAUCAACUCCACCAAUAUGUUUAUGAACGAUCAACAAAUGCAUUAGUAGAAAUUAAUACAAACUUGAAAAAAAAAACUAUACAAAGUAUUAAGCAAUAUACAGCUUAUGAGCAAAAGUUGUUAUCCUUAAAAGGUCACAACAAAACAACACUCAAAGAAAAAUAA